UGUUCCCAUGCACUUUUCCCUCAUCAGCCCGGUCGUACAUAUACCAGUUCGUUUCCACCAGUGCUCUGCAAGUUUGUCAGCGUUUCCAUGUACCUCAUGCCUUUGCAUUCAGGACACCAAACCUGAUCCUGCACAGUACCUGAAGCUGUUUCUGUAACCAAUGAUUUGGAUUCUGGAUUCAUGUCUGCUCCUAGCUGGAUAUGUUUGCCUGUUUUGGACUGCUUUUCUGGUGUUGACCCUUGCCUGCCUCAUCCAGUAAGCUUUUGCGCCUUUUUGAUAAUAAAUCAUUGAUCUGCACCAGCUCUGCCUCCAUCGACUGUCUAUGAGUCUUAUUCCUGUUGCCCUGCUCUCAACACUUGUGGCAUCCCUGAUGGGAAAGACUAGUUGUGGAGCCUUGUGUAGUUCAACUCUUGUAAAGAAUAAUCCAUGGCUUGACUCCCUCUAUUGCAAGAAAUCAUUAGAGUCAUGUCUUUCACAUUCAAAGCAAUGUUGUCUUUACUGAGAAAAUCAGUCAUGUCUUUAUCUCCUCGCACCUUGACCAUUGCACCAGCUUGCUUAUCUGCCUUCAUGCUUCAGCUGAAGACAGUGAACUGAAAGGUCAAACCUUCUUCCUACGCCAUCACAAUUUUAGUUUGUUCGCACUGAUUACACUUUGUUUCAGAAUCAAUUUUAUGUGAUAAUCAAUAAUAACACACAACACUUGAUAUGUCUGUCUACUAUAACUAACACCAGAUUACAUGUACAAUGAACAUUACUCUCACUAAUGCCACCACAGAUUCCUUUUCGAACCUUUUCAGGUGUGCACGAGUCAAUGUUAACAUCAAGGGGAGAAAGCUCUUGUGCUGUACGCUGGUAACCUGGCUUUGGAACUGUCUUCCAAUUGGUAUUUGUACUGUUAAUAAACUCAUGUUUAAUGUUGCCUUCCUGUAUGACACAGGUCUGUCAUGUCAUCAGCAGACCAUAUGCUGAUAAGAAGACCUCUUAUCGUGUUUUACUAUCUUUUGGCCGGGCAUGAUAACUUGACUUUCAACCUUAUGGCACAAUUAAAUAAUAUCUGAGCAUGCAAAUUAAUUUGUGAUUCCAGUGACCUGACAAGGUGAAUCUCUCUGCCGACUUCACACACUCUUCAACCUGACCACUCUGUUUAUUUGUGUCUGGAGAAUGGGCUGUGUUUGAGUACUCUCCGGUGAAACAUCUUUGUGCUGUUGUCUUGUUGUCGCACUGACCCAUUCUGUGAUUUGAUGUACAGCAAAAAACUAUCCAUGGAUUUUAUGGAAGGAAGCAGAGGCAUCUACAGACCCAUCAGGGCCAAUAUAUGAGCAGGCUCUGCAGAUCUGCUGGCAGAUCGGAUCCUACAAGUAUCAGAUCGCACUGCUGACUGAACUUUUGAGGCUUCGGCAGAAAAAACAGCUCCCGUCUGAGGUGACCGCUGAAGACAUGAAGGAGCUGCUGGUGGAGGAGAGCAAAAGCACACUGAGAGUGAGGCUCUGGGAGUCAGCACUGGAGGACUUUGAUGACACUGACGCUAAGCCUCUCCUCAGGCUGGGAAGACCACAAUCUGUGGAGUCCACUGUGACAAGUACAUUUGAUAGGUAUCUCAGAUGCGCUCAUCAGAUCUCCCCCUUGUUGCAGGUCUGGGAUGUGAACACCGACAUGAAGAUGAGGGACAUUGAGUUUGAAGCCAGAAGGCUGCUGAGCUCACCAGAGGCCCUCCCUCCUCAGUUUCAACUUCCCAAGAUCAUCAGCCAGACUCAAAAGCAUGCCAGGAGCCUUACCAAGCAGCAUCGAGAGGCUACCAGCUCCAAACUGCUCCAUCCACGUAAGGUGGUGAUGGAGGUGGUUCCCAACGUCCUGCAGGGCUUCUGGCUGCCUCCUCCAAACAUGUCCUUCAACAUGCCCUCCCAGCAGCUCAGUAAAAUGGCUGUUGGAGUCACAAAAGCAGUUGAGGACCGGGUCGCUACUGCUCUGUCCUCCAUGCCCCGUCAGGUAACCUUCUCCCGCUCCAUCAGAGACUACAUGGUCCUAACUGUUCAGGAGAAGUUUGGACAGGGUUACGCUCUCGAGGGUCUGGUGAAGAGGCUCAACGGUUUUGAAGCAGAGGUACUGAACAUCAUCACUGGCAUUUCAGCAGGAGAGAUCUGCAUGCUGUUUCACUCACAGAGUUGCACUAAAGUGUCUGUAAAUAUGAACUAUAUAAAGGACUGCAUCCAGCCAGCAGCUGUGGUGAGGCCAGAGGCCAGAACUAGCCUCGCUGAAGAUGAGGAGCCUGGUCUGGAGGGGGACACUGUACCAAUCCAACAAACAGUUGCUGCAGUCACUUCAUUCCCUCCAGUGUCUCUUACCCUCACUGCUGAACCUCCUAUCAGCAUUGGCUUACAUAAAACAGAAACACAGCCAGUUGAGGUGGUUGAGUCUUUCAACACAACAACAGGUGUCAAACAGACAGAGACAAGUGGAUUCAACUGCUUCUUCAGCUGGCUGCGACAGAACAUCUGCUGCUGCUGCUUCCUGUCUAAAGAUGACAUGGAAACGUAAUGAAGCUCUCUUUGUGAAAAAUCUUUGUUAUAAUUUUUAGUUUCAAUUGUUGUUAAUAAAGUUAAUAAAACUGGAUGACCAUUAAAACAUGA